GUCUAUGUCACAAUAGUGUUAGAAUUCUGACCGUUGUGUGUGUGUUUUUUUUUGAUCAAUUUUUGCGCCAGUUUUUUCUCUGUUUUCUAUUUUGUCAAAAAGAUUCGAUUUUUUUUAAAUCAAUUAAUCAAAAUGUCAUCGGUUGGUGUUUGUAAUUCGAUCAAUCUAAAAGGAUCGGUAUCGAUUAUUAAGGAAUUUUUCAAUUAUUGUAUCAAUAAUAUCCUUUUUCAACGUGGCAUUUAUCCAUCGGAUUCCUUUAAAGCUGUACAAAAUUAUGGCCUAACCAUAUUGAUGACAAAGGAUGAUCGAUUGAAAAAACAUUUGCAAAUUAUUUUCGAUCAGAUGCAAGAAUUUUUGUUACAACGAAAACUUCAUCGUGUUGUUAUGACAUUGAUUCGAAUAGAUACAAAAGAAACAAUUGAACGAUGGGAAUUUAAAAUUGAUUGUAAUAAUAGUGUUACCGACGAUAAACAGAUUGAAGUUGAUUUGAAAGCCAUACAGACUCAGAUUCGUGAUCUGAUUCGUCAAAUUACUGCCAGUAUCACUUAUUUACCAUUAAUUGAUGAUCCUGUUUCAUUUGACAUACUAUUCUACACAGACAAAGAUAUACAAUUAUCAUCUACUGAUUGGUCUGAUUCAUCAUCACAUAUCAUUCCGAAUGCUGAAGAAGUACAGCUUCGUAGUUUUACUACAAAAGUUCAUAAUCUUAAAGCAUCGGUUGCCUUUAAACAAAAUGGCUAAUUAUCGAUUUGGCUAAAUUAAUCUAUCAUCUUUUUUUUCAUUUAAAAAAAAUCAUUCAAAAAGUAAUGAUAUUUAUUCUGUUCGCAAUUUUCCUUUUUCUAAUUUGUGUUAUU